AUGUAUGCUGUGACUGGUAGUGAUGAGGAUGACUGUUACCGGUGUUUCCCGCCCGACCCGGGCAUUGGUACUGCCGCGUCAGGUACUAGUGAGGCUGCUGCUCUAGGUGCCAGUGCGUCUGUGCUCUCAGGUGCUGGUGAGUCUGCCCUCUCAGGUACUGUGUCGGCUUCGGCCUCUCACACCUUCACCCUUGACUCUGGAGCGUCUCGCUCCUUCUUUAGGGACCGCACCACUCUCACGCCGCUGAGUCGGCCGGUUGCGGUGUCCCUGGCUGACCCCUCUGGGGGGCCUGUCCUGUCUCGCUUCUCCACUGUCCUCCCGUGUCCGGCGGCCCCCUCUGGCACCCUGACUGGUCUCUACCUCCCCUCGUUCUCGACGAACUUGGUGAGUGGUGCUGACCUCCAGGAUGUGGGUGUCCACCAGUUCACCCCUGCUCGUCAGCGGGUGACCCACUGCACGGAGGCGGAUACAGGUCGCCACCUGGCUACGUUUACACGUCGGCCAGGGUCGAGCCUGUACACACUGACCACUGCUUCUCCUCCAGGUGCUGAGUCUGGUAGGGUCCCUUCGUCUGGUCAGGUGUUUGCUGCAGCGUCCAGGUCUGAUCCUGAGUCUGCCCCCUGCUCGUGUCGUCGUCUGUCUCACGAGACCCUCCUCUGGCACCACCGCCUUGGCCACCCCUCUCUGCUUCGGCUCAGAGGCAUGGCCUCGCGAGUCCUUGUGUCUGGUCUUCCCCGGUCUCUCCCUCCCCUUCCUCCGGGCCCUGGCCCCACCUGUGUCCCCUGUGUCGAGGGGCGCCAGCGUGCUGCCCCUCACUCCUCCCAGUUUCCUCCGACAGAGGCCCCGUUGCAGACGCUUCACAUGGACGUGUGGGGCCCAGCCCGCGUCCGUGGACAGGGUCAGGAGCGCUACUUCCUGCUGGUGGUUGACGACUACUCGUGUUACACCACAGUCUUCCCCUUGCGCAGCAAGGGUGAGGUCACUGAGGUGUUGAUCGACUGGAUCCGCGCAGCUCGUCUCCAGCUUCGGAGGAGCUUUGGCUCUGACUUCCCUGUUUUACGUCUGCACUCGGACAAAGGCGGAGAGUUCUCCUCUGGCCUCCUGAGUGCCUACUGUCGUGCGCGAGGCAUCCGUCAGACCUUCACGCUUCCGGACUCACCACAGCAGAAUGGGAUUGCUGAGCGCCGCAUUGGCAUGGUCAUGGACGUCGCUCGUACGUCCAUGAUGCAUGCGGCUGCUCCCCAUUUUCUGUGGCCGUUUGCGGUCAGUUACGCUGCGCACCAGAUCAACCUCCACCCCAGGGUCUCUCGACGGGAGACCUCCCCAGCCCUGCUGUGGACGGGGAAGGUUGGCGAUGCGUCGGCGUUCCGGGACGUCACGUUCGACGAGUCGGUACCCUACUACCGCCUCUUCCCCUACCGCACUCCGUCCCUCCCCCCACCCCCGCUCUUCUUGGUACCAGGUCCCCCCCCGGUAGUCCCCCUCCCCCCUCAGGGUCCUGCCCCUUCAGGUGUGUCCCAGGUAGACGAGGUCGAGCCUGUCGAGGUCACUGGUGACUCUGGUGCUGCUGCGGGAGCUGAGCCUGGGGGUGCGGAGUCUGGGGGUGCUGAGCCUGGGGGUGCUGAGCCUGGGGGUGCUGUGCCUGGGGGUGCUGAGCCUGGAGGUGCCGAGUCUAGGGGUGCUGUGCCUGGGGGUGCUGAGCCUGGAGGUGCUGCGCCUGGGGGUGCUGUGCCUGAGGUUGCUGAGCCUGGGGGUGCUGUGCCUGGGGGUGCUGUGUCUAGGGGUUCUGAGCCUGGAGGUGCUGUGCCUGGGGGUGCUUCGUCUCGCCGGGAGCCACUCUCCCCACAGGAGCUGCGUGAGUGGUUUGCCAGGCGCUGGAGGCGUGCUGCUGGUGCGGGUGGUUCUUCGACUGCAGAGGGUACUGCUGCCGCGCGUCCCGCCGGUGCUCGUACUGUGGGUGCUGGAGCUGCUGGGUCUGAGAGUUCUCCUGGAGCUGGUCCUGCUGAGGGUGUUGGCGCUGAGCCUGCCGUUGGCGGUCCGACUAACAGUGCUCCUGGUGCUGCGGCUGGGGGUUCUGGAGCUUCUGGUGGUGCUGCUGGAGGUGCUGCUGGAGUGGGUGCUCCUGCCGGGGCUACUGGUGUUGUUCCUGCUGUUUCUAGCGUCGCCGCGCGGCCCCGACCGUACUUCGUUCCGCUCCUGCAGCAGGUUCUUGGUCUUACACCUCCUCCUCCUCCCUUAGAGGGUCCGCAGCCUGUCCAGUCACAGCCACAGCUACAGCCUGCCUCCCCUUUGCCUGCUCCUUCUCCCUACGCUGGUCCGACUGGAGGUCUUACUGAGCGUCGUGAGCCUGCGUCUCGUCCUGUGUCGCCUGUUCGUACUGAGCGCGCUAGUGGUCGCGGGUCGCGUCAGCGUCCUCCUCCUGUCCCUGGCACGCACCGGAUGUCACUGCGUCCGUCCACUGCUCCUCUGCGUGCCCCUUUGCCUUCUCCUCCUGCUUCCUCUCUUCCUGCUCUUGCCGACCCGGAGUCGGACUCUCUUCGUGCUGCCAGUCCUACUGUCACGCGUCUCCUGGCUACUGCUGUCACUGACCCCUCCUUCGAGUCGUCUGCUGCGGCUGCCCUUGUCACUGAGCUUGUCGACUUUGCUGCGCGCUGUCGUCUAGACUACGCUGCUCGUCUUGUCACUGAGUUUGAGUCCGCCUGUCCUCCGUCCGUCGGGGGUGAGUGUGCCCUUGGCACGGACGUCCUUGAGGACAGGCAGGAGGAGUUCCAGUGUCUGGCCGCCGCUUCACCUCGUCUCGCGUCUGUACUGCUAGCCCCUGAGGGAGACCCGGAUGCACCAGACAUCCCGACUCCGCGCUCUUAUGCGGAGGCGAUAGAGGGUCCCUACUCCUCUCAGUGGCAGGCAGCUAUGGAUGCAGAGAUGGCUUCCUGGAAGUCCACAGGCACCUACGUUGACGCUGUUCCCCCUCCUGGGGCGAACAUCGUCAGUGGCAUGUGGAUUUUCAGGGUGAAGCGGCCGCCGGGUUCUCCGCCUGUCUUCAAGGCGCGUUACGUGGCUCGUGGCUUCAGUCAGCGGCAGGGGGUUGACUACUUUCAGACCUUCUCCCCCACCCCGAAGAUGACCACUCUUCGGGUUCUGCUGCACGUUGCUGCUCACCGUGACUACGAGAUGCACUCUCUCGACUUCAGCACAGCUUUCUUGCAGGGCAGCCUGCACGAGGAGAUCUGGCUGCGUCGCCCACCUGGCUUCACUGGGUCUUUCCCUCCUGGUACCCAGUGGAGUCUCCGGCGUCCAGUCUACGGUCUCCGCCAGGCGCCACGUGAGUGGCACGACACACUGAGGACUACGCUCGCGGCACUUGGGUUUGCUCCUUCCACUGCCGACCCGUCGCUGUUUCUGCGCACCGACACCUCUCUGCCGCCGUUCUACAUCCUCGUGUACGUCGACGACUUGGUCUUUGCCACAGCUGACACCGCUGGACUCGCCUACGUGAAGUCCGAGCUGCAGAAGAGACACACGUGCACUGACCUGGGUGAACUGCGCAGCUACCUUGGCUUGCAGAUCACCCGGGACAGAGCACGCCGCACCAUUACCCUGACUCAGUCACACAUGGUGCAGCAGGUCCUUCAGCGCUUCGGCUUCACGUACUCCUCGCCUCAGGCCACUCCUCUGCCUACUCGCCACUCGCUCUCAGCUCUGCCUUCGGAUGAGUCCGUAGAGUCGAGUGGCCCGUUUGCAGAGCUUGUUGGCUGCCUCAUGUACCUGAUGACCUGCACACGACCUGACCUCGCAUACCCUCUUAGCAUUCUCGCACGCUUUGUUGCUCCUGGGAGACACCGACCAGAGCACAUGGCUGCAGCGAAGAGGGUGUUGCGCUACUUGUGCAGUACGUCGGGCAUGGGGCUAGUGCUUGGAGGGCGCAGUCCAGUGGUCCUCACUGGGCACGCAGACGCUUCUUGGGCUGACGACCAGGCUACGCAGCGGUCGUCACAGGGUUACACCUUCAGCCUUGGUUCCGGCUCUGUCUCGUGGCGGGCUACCCGCUCGUCUUCUGUUCUCGGCUCCAGUUGUGAGGCUGAGAUCUACGCUGGGGCUAUGGCUGCACAGGAGUUACGCUGGCUCACCUACCUGCUGACCGACCUUGGAGAGCAGCCUCGUUCUCCUCCAGUCCUGUACGUAGACAACAAGGCCAUGCUGGCCUUGUGUCGAGAGCAGCGACUGGAGCACAGAACGAAGCACAUUGCUCUUCGCUACUUUCUUGCUCGUGAGCUACAGCAGCGUGGACAGCUGCGACUUGCGUACGUGGCCUCUGAGGCCAACACUGCUGAUGUCUUCACCAAGGCACUUGCGCCUUGUGAUCAUCAGCGUUGUUGCACGCAGUUGGGUCUUGUGCGUGUCUUGCCUCACUUGCUCUCCUCUUGA